UUUGGCUGCCGCAGCCGUUUAGCAUCGCUGGCUUGGUGCAAAGAGGCCUGUUAUGACAUCCGCUAGCCAGCCAUGCAAGAAGCAAAGAGUGGAGGGGCCAAGUGGGCCCAGUGUCCUGACCUUUUUUCCCAACGGCACCUUCAGACGAGUUCCUGGAAGCUCCAAUGAGAGCUCUGAGGUUUCAGUGAGAGAAAGAAAGCAGAUCACCACAGUCUUUUCAGCUGAUGGGAGAUUUGUGCACUUGCAGAAACCCUACACAGAGGUUGAGCCUCUCAAGACGGGAAACUCGGCGAAUGCAGACGAAGAGUGUGCAGGAGAUCAAAGAGUGCAGGUAUGGAGCAUCGGAGGUCCAGAGAAUCCAUUCGCUUCCCCUGCGCCAAAGUCUUGGCUUGAAUCUCGAUUGGAGAGAGCAAAGUCUCAACCGCCUCCAAUCUCCAAACGGGAUGCAGUGGCGACAGCGGAUACAGUGCAGCCACCAAACCCGUCCGCGGAUGUCAUGGUAGAACUGCGAGUCGCUCAGAAAAGCCCUCAUGCCAUCAGUGAAAGUGCAGCACGUUUGCGAAUCAAUGCUCCCUCGGCAGAAGUCCUGGACAAGGUGCUGACCGAAUCCAUGGGCAAUUUGCUGUCGGUGAUCAAACCUUCACUGUCUUAGCUGAAGGCGACCUAUCUGAAUCGAUGACACUAGACUAGACGCGCUAGACGGAUGGACGUGUCGCUGGCCAGACUUCUUGCACAGAAGUUAUAGAGCCUGAAAAAGCACUUCUUUGUACAUAUGAGGCAUGCCUGUUGGCACGUAACAGCAGAUCCGCGCUUGAGGAA